UGGCAGGCGGCGCCCGGUGCCGGGACCUCGGCGGCGGCAGCGGCCGGGGACGGACCAGCGCGGACUCUGCCUGCCCGGAGGCGCUCGGUAUUUUGCAGAUGAACCUAUGACUGACUCAUAAUCUGAGAACUGCAGCGGCUUGUAAAAUAGGAAGCAGGAAAGCCUGAGUGCUUAGGCUUUAACUGAAUCAAGACCAGCUCUCAGCAGUGGGAGGCAAUAUAUUAAUCCAUUGGAAGUACAGACUGCAGUCUUGUGUAUCACUGCGGUUUGUGUUGCGAAUUUUUCUCAUGUAAACAGGUAGGUUGCGAAAUUUUUCUCCGCUGCAUACGUUGUUCUUGUAAUGCAUACAUUUAGAAACCUUGUGAUAGUUGUGUGAGGUGGUUUUCUUUUUUUCCUUUUUAUGGCGGGAGGGGUAGUGGUAGUAUUUCUGUCAUUGCAUGAAACUGUAAAGUACCUUAUUCUCCUUUGUGUUUUCACAUAUUUAAGUUGAUGGUAUUAAUUUUACAAAUCGGCUUCAGUGCUCUGAGUUGCUUUAGGUAUGAAUCAGGUUGAUAGCUUAAAACUCAAGCAAGUUUCUUUUUUGUUUCUGUAAGCCAGCCCUCUUGCAGUGUUGCUAUUCUUUUGUGUUUUCCACACAAUCAGUGGACUAUUUGGCAAGUUCUGCACUCUCUGCCUGAUGGAGUUAUGUUGCCUGAUAGUAUGUGGAGGCUUGUUAAUAAAUUUUGGGCUGUUUUAUCAGUUUUGUUUCAUUUGCAAGUAAGGUAAGCAAAUUAUUACCUCUUUCAUUGAACACCCCAGAGGGAAAGAUUUUUUUUUUUUUUUUUAACAAAUAGUUUAGAAAUGUAAUAAGAACUAAGAUGGUAGCCAACUUCCUUAGUCAGCUCUGCCUAAUUUGGGAAACUACAUUACUCCUUAGUUGUGAGAGGAGAAAAUCCAGCAGGAAAUGCCCUGCUGGGAUGGUUGGAUACUGUCCUCACCUUUUUUCUUUUUCCAUCCCCCCAAAUACAAGGGAACUUGAACAAUUUGUGAAGCAGGCUUGUUAUCUUUCUGUAAGAAUUUCUUCCUUGGCCCUAGCAUCUAACUUAAUGCUGGAUGUUAUUUCUUAGGAAAUGCUGUAUGCAUCCUUGACAGUGUGUGAAUCCUAGCCAGAAAACAGCUAGGCUGCAUGUCUCUGUCUUGAAGUCAUUCUCAGUGUCCCAAAGCAAAACAGGUUAAAAAGUGUUAAGGUGCUAGUUUUAGACUAAAUGCAGAAACUGAAAAAUAUUUACAAAUCUUACUUUACUAUUUAUGUUCCCUUUUUAGGGGAAAGGGGAUAUUGCUGGUCCGCCCCCCCAGCUUUACCAAGAUAUAAUUAUGUUUUUGUGUUCCUUAUUUCUAGUUAUUUUUUGACUUUUGGCAGUUCCCAGCUUAAGACUGAAGUCCUAUUAUACAAGGUAAUACAUAUACAAGUAUGUGAAGAGGUGGGAUCUUGGUAGGUGUCCAGGUAAGAUGAGAGAAGGGAGGCAUUAUAUCUGUUCCCUGAUGAACGGGAAUAGAAAUGUGCAGAAGUGCUCCAAGUCAUGCAGAAAGUUUCUGAUAGUUCUGAUUAUUUUUUUCCUGUUCCAAAGCCAUCAGUCCUUUUCCCUUUCAAAAUCUGUUACCAUAUUUUUUACGUGGCACUUAGUAUUUGGCCUACAAGCCAGGGAAGAGAUUCUAAACUGAAGAUGACCUUUGGCACUGAAUAAAAUCUCUUUAGUAGAUGCAAGCUUAAAAUAAAACUUUGUAUGGGAGCCUAAACUGAGUACACAUUGUCCAUUACAAGAACUAACUAAGCCAUAUUGGAAAAUGAGGAAAACAAAUGCACACAACCCCACAAAACAAACCAAAAAAAAAAAGAAAAAAAAGAAAUAAGGCUGCUGUUUCAGUGCAUGGGAUCUCAGGAGCCCUUGUGAAGAGUAAGUGAAGCACUUGUGCCCAGCUGUGAGAAAGUAGUCUUUCUCCCAUCUGUGGGUGGGGGAGUGGGUGGUAGACAUUUUGGUGAUAUCUGUGAGUCUGUACCUGUGUUGCCCGUUACCUUUUUCUUUAAAAGGUCAACGUAAACCCUGUUGAAGCUUGCCACUAAAACAAGCAGUCUUUUGCUGUGAGCCAGAUGCCAAGAGGAUGCAUGCACCUCCUAAUUCUUUCCUGUUUCCUUUCUGCUUAUCCCCAAGUAACGUACUCUGAAUGCUGGCUCCUGCCCCUUCUCCUGGAGCUGCAGCAGAAGGUAGGGAGGUGAGACAGGGAGUGCUGAAGAGUUACUGGAGGUUGCUGAGCUUUCAGUGCCAUUGUCAGCAUGUGUUCAGCCCCAUUUGAUGUUCCAGUGAUGCCAAAACAGAUAAGUCUGGGCAGGAUCCUCACCCAAGGAGGAGGUGGAUGGUUCUCAAGGAAUAAUAGCUUGCUGAUGGUAGGCAGCUGGGCUGCUGUGGACUAAAAGAUCUGGCCUUGAGCCUUGCUCUGGAGGAUGCAAAGGGAAGGAGGGGUGAAAAGCAGUGAUGAGCCUAUUGUUGCAAAUGAGCUAACUGGCUGAUUGGUACUAGGGCUCUUCUGCUGCUCCCUCUGCUCUUAAAUGCAGCUGUGAAGAGUGAAGAAGAGAGGGGGGGAAGGGAAAAACAAGCUAGACCAAACUUCUCUGUUAAAAUAAGUAUAAGUUAGACCUCUAGUGUCUAAAGAGGCAGUGGGCCUCUAAAUGAACACUAAAAAAUUACAUCUAAACACAAGAAAACCUUUUUGAGGGUGCUCAAAUGCUGCAGCAGGUUGCCCAAAGUGGGGUUGGAGAAUCUUUUGUAGGGAAUACUCAAAACCUGGCGGGACACUGUUUUGGGCAGCCUGCAGCUGUGACCCUGCUUGGGUGGGUGGGUUGGAAAAGAUCAGCUCCAGAGAUGCCUUCCAACCUCAGGCAGUCUGUGAAAGUUUUAGUGUUUUUUUUUUCUUUUUUUUUUUUUCUAUCGUAUACUUUAGCUGCUGUUGUGGAAUACUUGGGAAAUAAUUACAAAUGCUGCUGCUGGGCAUUUGUCUUGCAAAUGCUGCUGCUGUGUAAUCAUGGCAAUUUUAAUUGUAUGGGGAAAGCAUCCAAGUGUUAAAAUAGUUAAUUAACUAGACUGCCCUAUUUAAACAGCAUAAGCAAAAAAAAAUGAAAAACCACGAACUAAACAACCUUCUUCCCUCCUCCCCCUCCCCCAAGAAAACCCUACCACCUUCAAAAAAAAUAAAGCAAAAAGUCUUUUAAUGUUUUAACACCUUAAAAUAUUAGUGGCUAUGAACAUAAAAAAUAGUUUAAUGUAAAUAGUGAAGUCAAUAAAAUAUUUAUUAAAAAAAGUUUUUUCUUAUCAUUUACCUUUUUCUCUAAUUCCCUCUAAGUUUGCCACAAAGUAAACCUCAAAAAUUAUUAAAUGAAAAGGAGAAGAAAAUAAAGAUGAAGGAAAAGAGAUGCGGGAACGUGAGAGGGACAGUAGAUAAAAUCCCAGAGAUCCCACCAAACUCUGCAGUUUAUUCCCUUAAGCCCACAUUUGAUGUGGCAGGAGAUGAUUUGAACAAACUUCAGUGUAACUAUUUAUUUCCUGGGCUCUUUCAGUCCUCCUCUGCCUGCAUUUUGCGUAGCCAUCAGAAAGACUGCAGUGCAGUUAUUGGCAAGGAGGGAAAUACUAGGAGGGAAAAUCAAGCUGUGGUGGCUCCUUGCAGUGUUGCGUUACUGAGGUCCGUGUUUGGGAGCGGGAGGUAAUGCAUGGAUGCCUUCGGGUUCCAGAUUCAGAGAUCGGGCUGCUUGCAAAGGAGGAUGUAGAUAAGUCUUCAUUGUGCCCCUUGUGUGUGCAUGUCAUGGCAGACAGCCAUUAAGUUUAUUGAUGCAGUAGUUUGUUUGUUCUGUGAUAUGAACUGCUUGCAGUUUCUGCCUAAUGCUUUGUUUCUAAUCCUCUGUGCUCAGACAGUGGAGAGCAAGGAUGACAGCUGGGAACAUGCUGCCGAGCUGGGCCCUCGGUGCCACCCUGCUUAGUGUCAUCUGGGAACAUCGUUGCGCUGGCACCACGGAAUAGCUGGUCAGGCUUCUCAGAGCUCGCUGGCACUGUUAGGCUUUGUGAAUUUAUCUUAGAGCAUGGAUGCCAGUAAGAAGACAGAACCUCCUUUAUCUGUAGAAAUGGUACAACAAAGGGCCAAUCCUGAUCGCAGUCCUUCAGCAUCAAUUUAUGUUCCAGAGCAAGGUGGCUACAAAGAGAAAUUUGUAAAUGCUGUGGAGGAUAAGUAUAAAUGUGAAAAAUGUCACCUCAUCUUAUGCAAUCCUAAACAGACUGAAUGUGGACACAGAUUCUGUGAGACCUGCAUGAAUGCCUUGCUAAGUUCUUCGAGUCCCAAGUGUACAGCCUGUCAAGAAAGCAUAGUGAAAGACAAGGUGUUUAAAGAUAAUUGUUGCAGGAGAGAACUUCUUGCCCUUCAGAUAUACUGCAGAAAUGAAAACAAGGGCUGCAAAGAACAACUGUCUCUGGGUCAAUUACUGAUGCAUUUGAAAACUGAUUGUCAGUUUGAAGAACUUGCAUGUCCUCGUGCUGAUUGCAAAGAAAAAAUACUAAGAAAAGAUUUGCCAGACCAUGUAGAGAAGACCUGUAAAUACCGGGAGACAACUUGUAAAUACUGUAAAAGCCAAGUCCCAAUGAUUAUGUUGCAGAAACAUGAAGAUACAGACUGCCCAUGUGUCAUGGUUUCAUGUCCUCAUAAAUGUAGUGUUAAGACACUCAUGAGGAGUGAGUUGAAUGCACAUUUGUCAGAAUGUAUUAAUGCCCCAAGUACCUGUAGUUUUAAGCGUUAUGGCUGCACUUUUCAGGGAACAAACCAACAAAUUAAAGCACACGAAGCCAGCUCAGCAGUGCAGCAUGUUAACUUAUUGAAAGAGUGGAGCAAUGCUCUAGAAAAUAAGGUGGCCUUGCUCCAGAAUGAAAGUUUGGAAAAGAACAAGAGUAUACAAACUUUACAUAAUCAAAUUUGUAGCUUUGAAAUAGAAAUUGAAAGACAGAAGGAAAUGCUGCGGAAUAAUGAAUCUAAAAUACUUCAUUUACAGCGAGUGAUAGACAGUCAAGCAGAGAAACUGAAAGAACUGGACAAGGAAAUCCGUCCCUUCCGACAGAACUGGGAGGAGGCUGACAGCAUGAAGAGCAGUGUAGAAUCCCUCCAGAACAGAGUGACUGAGCUGGAAAGUGUUGACAAAACUGCAGGGCAAGGAGCUCGAAAUACAAGCCUGCUAGAGACACAGCUGAACAGGCACGAUCAGAUGCUGAGUGUUCAUGAUAUUCGGCUGGCUGACAUGGACCUCCGAUUCCAAGUUCUAGAAACUGCCAGUUACAAUGGAGUACUAAUCUGGAAAAUUCGAGAUUAUAAACGUCGGAAGCAAGAGGCAGUCAUGGGGAAGACUCUGUCCUUGUACAGUCAACCCUUUUAUACUGGAUACUUUGGCUACAAGAUGUGUGCCAGAGUUUACCUUAAUGGAGAUGGCAUGGGAAAGGGGACGCACUUGUCGCUGUUUUUCGUCAUAAUGCGUGGAGAAUAUGAUGCAUUGCUUCCUUGGCCAUUUAAGCAGAAAGUGACUCUAAUGCUAAUGGAUCAGGGACCGUCUCGACGCCACUUAGGAGAUGCUUUCAAGCCAGAUCCCAACAGCAGCAGUUUCAAGAAGCCAACUGGAGAAAUGAACAUUGCGUCCGGCUGCCCAGUCUUUGUGGCUCAAACUGUUCUAGAGAAUGGAACGUAUAUUAAAGAUGAUACUAUUUUUAUUAAAGUCAUAGUGGAUACAUCGGAUCUACCAGACCCCUGACAUAUGAUGGGGGAGGCAGAUUAAACAGAAGACAACUCCAUUUGGGGGUUUUGUAUCAGUUUGUCUUCAAUCAGAGGUCCUAAAGCUCACAGAACCACCUUGUGGAACAGACGGAAGAGUUUGAAGGCAUAACUGCAUAGGGUCCAAUUGCGAAAGUAGCAACACAUUAAGAAAUCAUACCAUGGUGUAUUUUUUAAUAGAACUAGCGACACUUAAACUCUGAAGAAUCAUUUAUCCCUCAUGAGGAUAAUGAUUAUGGUCAGAGAGGGUUUUUGUUUUUGUUUUUAACUUAUUAAUGAUCUAGUCAAUUGGAGGUGAAAAGACAUAUACAGUAUGUGCUGAAUAAAUUACUGACUUUUAUUUCUUUAAGCUAGAAUACAAAAAAAAACCAUUCACAUGUGGGCUAGCUGGAAAUUGUCAGCAUGUUAAAAGAAGAAAUGAAGUAAUGUUGCAAUUAUAUUAUUUGAAAAACUGAGGUGCAAUCUUGUCUGAAAUAUAGUAUAUUGUCUUUUUAAGGCCUCAUCUGGUCUCUGUUUUAAUAAUUACUUUGUCAGAAGAUCUUGGAAAAGUAUCCAUGUCUUCUCAAAAGUAUCUGAAUCAAAAUCAUAUUUUUAUUUAAAGUUCUAUUGUUACAGAAAACAUUUUAUUUUAAAACUGUUGAUAGACUGAUAUUUCUUGGAAGAAAAAUAGAAGAAAUCAAACACUGGUUAUCACUUGUGAUAGGAAAAAAAACUAUUCAAUUCUGUUAUUUCUCUUUAGAAAUGUAAACCUACAAUAUAUGUCGUAGUUAAUGACACUAUUUCAAAAUUAAGGAAAAAUCACUCAUGGAUGCUGUGCAUCAUUAUCAGAUUUAUAAUUGUUUUCACCCUAAAAUAGGGCAUUUGUUGAACUUUGGAGUUCUAAACGGAAUCCUGUACAUUUUUUAAAGUUCUGCCCCAUGCUUUCCAAUCAAGCUAUAUAUGUUGCACAUUAUGCUGUCAGCAGUAUAUAGUAUAUUCAGUACUGGGGAGGAGGAUUAGUGCUGAAAAAGGCCUAUAUGUUUGUUCCGUACUAGCAGCCAUUGCUUCUUAAGGACAAAUCAGCCAUGUCUUAAUACAGUGAUGGUGGCUUGCAUGCAUACAUGUGCCUUAGGUGUGCUGUGCUGCUUAUAAACCAUAGCUUUUUAUUCAGAUUAAUUCUGAUAUCUGAAAUGGUAGUUUAAUUGGACUUCAGGCAUAAUGUUUAGCCUUGUCUUCAGAGCCCGUAGGCACCUUGUGAUGUGCAAAAUUGAAGCCAAACCCCAUUUCUUUGGCUUCUGGAGCUUCUAUGACUUGGCCAUUGCAGAAUCCACCUUACUCAGGUGCCAAAACGUUAUGCCCAGUGCUCCUAUGGAGCUCGGACUAGACAGUUUCCAUGGCUGGCGUGAAGGAAGGCGACAUUUUUCUCUAAUGCCUGUGGUCGUAAGGUGGCAUCACUUUAAACAGACUCAUCCGAGAACUCUGUGGGGCUGUGAAUAGAUAUGCUCAUGGCAGCUUUUCAUGGUAGACGAGCAUCCCAACAGGGAAUGCCCAGGCUUCUUUACUCUAACAGCCUGAACUAUAGUGGAAAGCAUUUGCUAGCACUGAAACAUGCUGAUUGCAACCUGCUGUGUUCAUCUGCUUCUAUUGAAUAGCCUGUGACAAGCAAGUCUAGUGACAUAGCCUGACUGUGGUGCUUCUUAAAAUCCAAGAACCGCUUCAGCAGAGCGGGCUUGCACCGCUGUGUUAAGCCUUCGUGGGCUUGAAAGAAGAUGGUGCAUCUUAGUCUUGAACGUCAGGUCGUAUCAGCUUUCUGCUUUUUGAGGCAUAGUCACAAUUUUUGUCUAAGGUGCAGUUGAAUUCAUGCCUUUGUAUUUCAGCUUGUCUUUGCUCUUGUCUUUUUUGGCUGUGCCUUCACACACAGUGCCUGCAAGAAGUAUUUAUGAAUAUACAAUGCAUGCUAAGUGGUCUUCAUGGGUUUUCCAGGCACCUGCUAGAAUACUGCCUGCUGCUGACAGUCACGACCGUCAGUAGCAAUUUGUCUUCCUUUUCUUGCCUUCCAUUGUCCCGGUACUGUAUUCCCGUUAUGGUACACAGCUGUCAACAGGUGCAAGCUAAAAUAUGGAGGCACGUGCUAGCGUUGAAUUUCUAGCACAGAAGGAGGACGUUCUGCACAAGAUAUAAAUAUCUAUAGAUAUACCUGCAUCUAUAUCUGUAGAUAUAAUUACAUGGCACUUGCAGUUUUAUGCAGGCUGCACAAGCAAACCCAUCACUUAUGCUUUCGGGCGAAGGUUCGCUCAACUCGUGUCAUUUUAAUAAUUGUGAAUGUAGGCAGCUGAGCUUUUGUGUUUGUGCAUCACAGAAUUUUACUGAAAACAGGAUUCCCAAGUGGAAAUGUCCAAAGGACUCUCCUCCCAUUGCUAAUGCAUGUCUUGCAAACUUAAAUGAAAAUGUUUGGCCAUCUCAAAACAGUUUAUAUCCUGUUUCAAUCUGGGACUUGGAGGAGAUUUCUGGUGUAAGCAGGGCCCAGCAUAUUCUGCAGAUUUGUGACUAAAGUUUCCAGCUCCUGUGACAGAAUUGCGCUUCUAAAUCCAGGCUCUAAAAGAGGAGGAAAAAAAAAGUUUCCAGCCUUUAUGAUUGAAAGAGGACUUUGAAACAUGUGAAAAGUGUAAACUAAUAGGGAAGUCUUCCUGAGUCUGCACACAGCCUAAACUAGUAGCUUUAAGAGAUCUGAAUAUCUCCUCUUAGCGGGAUAUUGACUCAGAAACUUUGUAGAGAAGUUCAAAUACGAACACUGCUAACUCUAUUAAUGCCGAUCACUGUAGCAGAAACAUCAGUCACUGUUGUUAUUUCACAGAUCUCUAUGCUGCUUUCCACAUCUCCCAAGUGCCAAAAGCACCAGCUGCCAGAGUCUUCAGCUUCACUUGGGCAGCUUUUAUAAUGCAGUAAUGUGCUAUCAAUAUAAAAAUAUUUUUGCAUAUAUGCUUUUUAUCACAGUUAAUAAAACGGAGGCCUACUGCACUUACUUUUUAAAACUACAUGAAGCUGCCAGAGAAUUUCCAGUUUGCCAACCCUGCGUACUGUGAAAUCCGGGAUCUUGCUACACAAUUGUAAACACCGCCUGCUGUGGAAUACCCGAAGCCUUGACCGUAACACCCCUCUGUCCGCAGAACUCACAGGCCAUCUCUGCAGAGUUCUUACUGUGUACAUAGAAAUCAGUUUCCUCUGCUUUCCAGCAAGGAGUAUGUAGCAUUUUGUGAAAACAGGGCCGCUGUAUAUUCUCUAAAUUGGAAGGAAAGAUACCUGGUGCUUUACUCAACACUUUAAAUUAUCUUUUUUUUUUUUUCCUAUCAUUGAAAUGCCCUUUAUCCUUUUUUUACUCUGUGUUUCUGACCAAAUAUCCAAAGGUUUUUAGGGAAGGUCUAUUCAAAGUGGUUCAUAAGGCAACAGUCUGCCCCCAGAGGUACUCUUGAACCCCUGGCAACUCGUUCGGAGUGCCAUUAUUGCAAAAAGGGGUCCCAGAGCACUUCUGUUACUAUGAACAGUGUUUCUGCAGUGGAACACUUUUUCCCUCUGCUUAGUAGUUCUUAGCAGUGCACAACGAAGUCUCUUGCUAGUGUUCUUUCUUAAUGAUGAUGCUCCAGGUGAUGUACGAGCCUCUUUCAUUUCCAGCUUUCUCUAGGGAGAUGCCAGUUAGAAUCUGGAUGUUGCCCUUCUUGUGUGUUGUUCAGUGUUCAGCACAGGGGCAUGCAUCUGUUAUUUAGAAAGUCUCGAAUUCUAAACAGGAUGAAACUAUUUUGGUUCAAAGACCAACCCGUGAUGAUUAUGACUGACCACGUCUGCAUUACUUCUCUGAUCUAACUAAAGGGGUCUUGUUUCAGUUACUGUCUACAUGGUACACCUUCAACUGCUGACUUACAAUAUGCAAUGUGGAUUUCAGCCUUGUACUGUAAAUGUUCUUCACAAAUAGAAUGUGCAAUAGGAAAAUGAGAAAGGUGGCAUAAUUUUGAUGAAAAAUAUGGGUAACAUGCUAGCUUUCUUACGAAUAUGAAAAACAGUUUGUUCUUUUCCAGUGGGCUCCCCUACUUGGAAAAGGAAAGUUGAAGAUAUGUGCCUGUUUCUGUGCCUGGUGAAUUUCUCAGAUGCAAAGAUAAUAGAGAUGUGUUAGUUGUAAUUUAAGUGUUGAACCCAUGAGUGUUAGGUUGUGAUUGUAUCGCUCGUGCUUCUCAGCUUGCCACAAUUUUGGCUUGUUGAGUUUAAAAGGUACCACCUAUUUGUAUUCCAUCAUACAUAAUAGGCAGUUCAUCAACAAUGCAGGGUUUCUGUUGUGUGUGAUAUUUUUUUAACUUUAUUUUUUUUCUUUUUGUUCUGUUUUUAAAACACUGGUGCUGUUUGGUCCAAGACAGAAGCGUGUAGGGAGUGACAAGAGAAGUUGCCUGCACCGCAGAAGAAUGAAAAACGUUACUGCAGUAUUGAUGCCUUGUUAUGAUUUAACUAUGCAAAUAUACAAAUAGGUGAGGGGGAAAAAUUCUUGGGUUGCAUACCUCUAAUCUCUUAGUUCUUGCUCUUUAAAACACACGUGUAGGUACAUACAUUUACGUACAGACAUGCAUGCACAUAUAUAAGCAAAGUCUUUUCUUUAUGUAGAAGUGGUGAAACAAAACCCUUUUCCCCCAGUUUAUACUUGAUCAAGUGGUGCAAAUGUAACUUGCUGCUGCUAAGGGAGGGUCUAGGCCACGGGCAAACUUUUGGUUUCCCAUCUUUCAGGUUUGAAGGCUUACACGUAGCAAACAAACCAUUUGUUGACUGGGAAAAUGAGCGAUUUACUUAGCCUUUCUGGAGACCAUGGAAUGUCAUCUAGGACAUGUCCUUCCUCAUACUCAGCUAAUUAGGAGAUGCCUCUAUUUUAAACUAGCAGAAAGAUGGGCAAUUUGUUAAUUGCAAACUCAUUUUUUCUUUUUAAUUUGGGAACAAAAGAUGAUGAUAAAUCUGGAUCUCUUCUUGAAAUUCCAAUCCUGUUCAGUCAGUACCUCUGUUCUGGUUGACCUAGGAAUCUUAGCUACUGCAAUAAAAACUGCUCAGUGCUGGAAUUCAGUCUGUCUGAGUAGCUUCUAGUGCUCUGUACAGGGGUAGUAAGCAUUCUGCAUCUGCAAACAUUUUCUUCUUAUAGCAAGUAGUGUUCCUCUUCUGGAAAAAGGAAACUGAGGAUGAGAUGUGACGAAAGGGAUCUCCUGGAGCCAGCGCUAAAUGAGAGGUUCCAGUUCCUUGGUGUCAUCUUCAAAUCACUAUGUUUAAAUAUUAAUGCAUUCACCCCUCAAAGGAGCUGAAAAACAAGUUGAUGUACCUUAAAGGCCCACAUCAAGACAGUAAGGGCUAGAAUUAAACAUACAAGCUGUCAUGAUUUGGGGUUGUGUGUGUAUGGCAGCCCAGACAUUGCUAAUGACCUGACUGCUUUGCAGAGGGGAAGGGCAGCACGACGUGUGAGUAACAGCAGCAAAUGUGUGUCCUGCUCUGGUUGUUCAGAAUUGCCCAACAAAGCCUCAGUUGGCACUCAGCUGAGGAUGGAGAACGAUACCAUUUUAAAGUGAAUUAAUCUUUGUUCUGCCAGCCUGUAGUGUGACUGACCAUUUCUUUCUUGUGGUUUGUUUUUCUUUAAACCAAAUUACAGAGGGCUUAAUUGAUCUUUCCUGCCUCUUAAUCUAGGCCUUUGCUGAGAAGCACCAGAUAAUGAAGGUUGUGGAAAACUUUGGAAUGCCAAUUCAGGGACAUCCUCUUAAGAUCUGGAAGAGUUAGAAAUACAUGAGACAUAAGGGAUCUGACUAUUCCUAUUUCUCUUCUAAUUUAUAGGCAAGACUGCAGCUUCUGUCUUCCAUUUCAUGAUCUUAGUGUAGAUACUAGGCUGUUUUGUUUUAUUUUAUCUUUUUUCCCUCCAAGUUAGGAUUAGUUCCUUAGGGUUCAAAUAAGUUCUAAAUUUCACAGAGGAGCACCUGAACCAAAAUCCUGGAUCCAAACAUCCCAUACUUGAUGUGAAAUUCAGAUCUGGAUCCCAACUCUGUGGCUUACUUACCUACCCUUUCAGGGAAGGGUUUGUCGUCUCUGUGUGGUGUUCGUGUUUUUGGUCCUUUGGAACUAAGCUUUUAAUUUGGUUGCCAGUUCUGCAAGGACUUUUUAACUUCUUAGCAAUGCCGGUGUUCACACGCUCCAUUGCUGGCAGUGCGAUGCGUCGUGAUAAAAUUUGACUCUGUCUAAGGGUUACUGAGAUAAACCAGCAUUAUCCAUCCGUAAGGGUCAUUUUCUUGCGUAGUGUUCUGAGCUUCGGAUUUGAAAAUAGCUCACCUUUGAAAGGACACAUCUUCCAACUAUGACCUGCGUCACUGGCAGAGAGUUGUAUAAUCUGUACUUGUGGAAUGGGAAGGUACAAGCUUCCAUUGUUGCUGAUGCAUCAUGUGAUCCACCUAUUUUGUUUUUCUUAUAGCUGUUGUUCAGUUAAUAUAUUUUUUCAGUUUUAUAGAAAAAAAGGAAAGUUCAGGAUUUUUUCUACAAGCUAUAAAACUCCAAUGAUUUAGUUGUGACUAGAGAGCUGUGAAAAAUACCCUAUUAGGAGACGGUGGACUAGACAUAGGUCCAUUUCUCUUAGACAAGUAGGAUAACCUUUAAGAUGCAUGGAACAACAUAAUAAUCGGGAAAACUAAAGCUGACAUUUGUUUCCAAGAAAUUCUGUAAGAAAUAUCUAUGGAAAAGACAUCAGUGAUCAAGAACAAUGUACAAAUUAAUGUGUUUAAAACUUGUGUAACCAUUUCUUUAAUCUCAUACUCUUCAGUGAACGGUACACUUGUGUUCAGUUUUAUGAUCAAAAACAAAGACCAAAGAAGGCCAACCUCAUUUGAUUGUGUAUAUUCUGCCUGUCUUAAUUAUCAAUAGCUGUAAGGAUACAGUGCAAGUGAUCUGGUAACCAGUGGUUCUCGUCCUUUUCUUUUAGGGGGAAAAACAACUUUAAAAUGUAUAAUUUAUUGCUCAGCAAUAACCAUGUUGUUAAGAUAAUAAUAAAAAAAAAAGAGAAUUAGCAACAUGUCUUAAUUUCCCAAUAGCAUUAUUAUAUGUUGUAUUUCAGUUUACUGUAUAUUGUGUUUUUGUAUUUAUUUGUGUUUGGAGGUCUUGCUAUGUCUUUUUGUGUUUAAAUGCUAAUAAACAAGGACAGUGUGUAAGAGUAUAGAAUGCAAAACUCUGAAAUGCUAAACUGUGUUAUUAAAGGAAAAAAUAAAUCUAAGUAGGAAGUCA